UGGCGGUGGAAUAGAGGAUAUGGAUAAAUAUUCUUCGGCGAUUAUAUUGCGGGAUGUUGAGCUAGAUGUUGAGCAGGGUGAUGAAGCUAGUAAAGGUAAAAAAAUGCAUGGACGAGGACUAGGUACUCACAGCAGAGAUCGGAGUGGAACGAGGUCUCGUUCAGGGUCGAGGAACAGAAGAAGCAACUACCCCGAAGCUGAUCUCGAAG